AUGAUUUCUUUCAUAAGCCGUAACAGCAGAACCUCAGGCAGUGCUGCGCGCGGUGCGACACGCAGACUGGUUCGAUUCGCCACGACUCCCGCGGUCAAGACAAAUACAAGUGCACCUGUCGCUACCGCGGCAGCCGGAGGCUCUUCUUCCUUCAAAACCGCGAAAGUUAUCGAGAACAAGCUUGACAACAAGCCCAAUGUCGUGGUGCUUGGCUCUGGAUGGGGUGCCAUUUCACUACUUCAAAACAUUGACUCCAAAAAAUACAACGUCACAAUUGUUUCGCCCAGAAACUACUUUUUGUUCACGCCGCUGUUACCUUCAACUCCUGUUGGAACCGUGGACGAAAAAUCCAUUAUCGAGCCGGUGGUCAAUUUUGCAUUGAAAAAGAAGGGCAACAUAUCUUACUACGAGGCCAAAGCCACAUCCAUUAACCCCGACAGAAACACAGUGACAAUUGAGUCAGUCUCAACGGUUUCGCAUCUGUCGCAGCCAAACCAGAACUCUGGCUUGUCUCAAAAUGACCAGGCAGAGAUUAAGUACGACUAUCUGGUCAGUGCCGUGGGUGCCGAACCCAACACUUUCGGAAUCCCCGGUGUUGAGACGUACGGUAACUUCUUGAAGGAGAUCCCUCAUUCUCUUGAAAUUAGGAAGAGAUUUUUGUCCAACAUCGAGAAGGCCAAUCUUUUGCCCAAAGGUGACCCUGAAAGAAAACGUCUUUUGACGAUAGUCGUUGUUGGAGGUGGUCCAACCGGUGUCGAAACCGCAGGUGAAUUGCAGGACUACAUCGACCAAGACCUGAAAAGAUUUAUGCCUUCCGUUGCCGAGGAAGUGAAGAUUCAUCUAGUUGAGGCUCUGCCCGUGGUGUUGAACAUGUUCGAAAGAAAGUUAACCUCUUAUGCGCAAGACGUAUUACAAAAGACAAGCAUCAAGAUCCAUCUCAGAACUGCAGUGGGUAAGGUUGAAGAAGACCACUUAAUCGCCAAGACUAAAGCCGAGGACGGAACCGUCACAGAAGAGACAAUUCCUUACGGAACUCUGAUCUGGGCUACCGGUAACAAGGCCGUUCCCAUGAUCACCGACCUGUUCAAGAAAAUUCCUGAGCAAAACGAAUCCAGAAGAGGGCUGGCCGUGAACAGCAACCUUUUGGUUAAGGGCACUAAUAACAUUUUCGCCAUUGGUGAUAACGCUUUCUCCGGUUUGCCUCCUACCGCACAGGUUGCACAUCAACAAGCCGAGUACCUUGCCAAAGUCUUUGACAAGAUGGCCAAAACUACAGACUUCCAUUCUAAACUCCACAAUCGCCAGGACAAAGUCGACUUGCUGUUCGAGGAAAACGGUUUCAAACCUUUCAACUACAUCCAUUAUGGUGCCUUGGCUUACUUGGGAGCUGAAAAGGCCAUUGCCAACAUCACAUACGGUAAGCGUUCCUUCUACACGGGUGGUGGCUUGAUUACCUUUUACAUCUGGAGAGUGCUGUAUCUAUCAAUGAUCCUAUCAGCAAGGUCCAGAUUAAAGGUUGUCAGUGACUGGAUCAAGCUUGCUAUUUUCAGAAGAGACUGCUUCAAAGAGCUGUAA